UUUAGGACGUCUGAAUGUUGAUCUGAUAAUUCUGUCAAACAGUCUGGGCAAAGUGCUUCUAGUUUUUUAUUCGAGUAUUUACUCGACAAACUGCAGUUAAACAACCAACAAGCUAGUUCUACUGUCGUGUCAGAAAUCAGAGUUUUUUCGCAAAAUAUCACCAUUGGCUAAUGUUACAGAGUUGGUAUUUUUACACCACAAACACGUAUUACUAAAUUCUGGUGCAUUGAACAAGCCAACGUUUAAAAAUGUCAGUGUAGCUGCUAGUCGUAUCUUAUAGAAUUAUUCGUAAAAACAGAUCCUUGUAUUGGGUGAUUCCAUUUUUCUAAAUUGUCGCCAAACAAAAUUGCCAAAAAUGAGAAAAAUGAAUUUGUCAUUCGCCGGCUGUGGUUUCAUGGGAAUUUAUCACGUUGGUGUGGCGGCGUGUUUAAGGAAAUAUGCUCCAGAUUUGUACCUGAAAAAGGUAUCAGGAGCGUCUGCUGGGGCCAUCGCUGCCGCGUGUCUUUUGUGUGAUGCACCAUUAGGUGAAAUAACGAGUCAUGUUCUUCAGGUCGCUAUGCAAGCUCGUAGCCGGAUGCUAGGACCUUUUAGUCCUUCAUUUGAUAUUCAUAAUCUUCUUAGAAAUGGACUUCAAAAGAAUCUUCCUGACGAUGCUCAUCUAAGAGUGAACGGCAAGAUUCAUAUUUCUGUGACACGGGUGUAUGAUGGUAAAAAUGUCAUUCUGAAGCACUUCGAGACCAAAGACGAAUUAAUUCAGGCCAUAGCGUGCAGCUGCUUCAUUCCUUUUUUCUCCGGUAUGAUUCCUCCAAAGUUUCGCGGCGUUCGUUACAUGGAUGGUGGCCUAAGCGACAAUCUUCUAGUUCUUGACGAACACACCAUAACUGUGUCUCCGUUCUGCGGGGAAUCAGACAUUUGCCCCCGUGAUAAAGAUACGUCAAGAUUAAUCCACGUCGUGUUCGCUAACACAAGUAUUGAACUCUCUCGGACUAAUUUGUACCGACUGGCACAUAUCAUGUUUCCGCCCAAACCGGAGACUCUAUCUAAGAUUUGUCAGCAAGGCUUCGACGACGCUCGCGUGUUUCUUCAACAGAAUAACUUGGUUGUGUGCUACCAAUGCGUCUCGACGCACAAACCAGCAGUCACUAGCAGUGUCGUUACAGAUAUCGAUUGCCUUGAAUGCGAAUCGCAAAAGAAGAUGGUUGUAAUCGACCGUCUGCCAGAGACCGUGAGUCUAACGUUGCAGAAUGCCAUCACUGAAGCUAAUCAAGGAGUGAUGAACUGGAUUUUCCGACACCGAGGAAUGCGACUACUGUCUAUUUUAAGCCUACCCUAUGUCUUGCCGGUUGAUGUGGUGUAUGCCACAUUUCUGAAAUUUGCCGAUAGUGCUCCAACCAUGUCUACAGUAGGAACCAAUUUAAAAGGAGUCGCUGAUUCUUUUGUGGCUUUCUUUUUUAGUUUAAUCAUGGAGGCGAUUAAAAAGCGAGCGUCUUGCAGUACGCGGCUUUCCUGUCAACUAGCUGUCACUGAGUUUUCGCCAGAUGUGAGUUUAUCUUCAGUCGACAGUAAAGAACCAGCUGUCAAGAAUCACGUCAACUUUGGCUUCACUUUUAAUCUCGAGUCAAGUCAUGAAAGCCAAUACUCAUCUACCCCAUUCUUUAGCGACGAUUCAUUUGAUGAAAUUUUAGCGUUAACAGCCAGACAUGAUGCCCUGAUGGCACAUUAUUUUCUUGACGAAAAAAAUCAGGUGGAUCCUGUACUUUUCCCCAACGAUUAUGCGUCACUGUUACACUUCCUGCCCGGGGGUCCAUGCCCGUAAUCUGCGAAUGACGGAGACAUAUUUCAUCAUACGAGGAUCUGAAUUUUAUUCACAUCUGAGUAAAUAUUGGUAUGACGUACAUUCCGUGAAUAAAGUUUGGAACGCAUUAAAUCUACUAGAAAGGAAAAAAUCUUCUCUACCCCUUCAUCCUAAAUUUUUAAAACCAAUUCAGAAUGUCUUUUGUUGUUUAAUUACUUGACUUUCUCUUAAACAUAUUUAUAAAUAAAAUAUUUCGUAGUCAGCAA